AAACACGAUGGCAAAAAAAUGUCGCUGGCAACAUUGCAAAGCCAAACCAACCAUACGCUAGCUAGCAAUAUCUAACCUCUAUUUACGAAUGUUCACGACUUGCACGUGUUUAUUUUGUUUAGACAAUAUAAAUUAUAUUAUCUAUUGUGGCAGUUAUAAAUAGUACAUCGUGUACAAUCUUUAUUCAAGAACAAAGGUUUGCAAACCUAAGAAGCCGAAGUAACUGUGAAAAUGACUGAAGUAUUGCAACCGGGUGCCGAAGUUUUUUCAGAGAAGAAAAAGAAGAAAAACAAGGAAACUGUGACCCUUGGUGCGUUCCAGAAAAUAGGAGACUUUAAAAUUGAGCCAUCGGAAAGCGUCGGAAAGUUGGAUACAGCGUACUGGCCGCUUUUGUUGAAGAAUUUCGAUCGACUCAAUGUGCGCACUAACCACUACACGCCCUUACCCUUUGGUCAUUCCCCACUGAAAAGACCGAUUUCCGAAUACAUCAAAUCAGGGUUCAUAAAUGUUGAUAAACCGAGCAACCCGAGCUCCCACGAAGUUGUUUCAUGGAUAAAACGUAUACUGAAAGUGGAAAAAACUGGCCAUUCCGGCACCCUGGAUCCCAAAGUUACGGGUUGCCUUAUUGUAUGCAUAGAUCGUGCUACAAGAUUGGUGAAGUCGCAGCAAAAUGCUGGUAAGGAGUAUGUUGCAGUAUUCAGCUUGCAUUCCGCUGUAGAGAACAUCCAAAAAGUUACACAAGGAUUAGAAAAACUGCGCGGAGCUUUAUUCCAACGGCCUCCAUUAAUUUCUGCUGUAAAAAGACAGCUAAGAGUCCGAAGUGUUUAUGACAGUAAAUUACUAGAUUUCGACAGUGAGAGAAACAUUGGAGUAUUCUGGGUGAGCUGUGAGGCCGGUUCUUACAUCCGUACUAUGUGCGUACACUUGGGACUCAUGCUCGGUGUCGGAGGACAGAUGAUAGAGUUGCGACGUGUCAGAUCAGGCAUUCAGGGCGAAAAGGAAGGUAUGGUCACAAUGCAUGAUAUAUUAGACGCUCAAUGGGCAUAUGAAAACCAUAAAGAUGAGACAUACAUCCGAAGAGUUAUUAAACCGUUAGAAGGCUUGCUCAUUGCACACAAAAGAAUCUUCAUCAAAGACAGUGCCGUCAAUGCUGUAUGUUACGGAGCCAAAGUUUUGCUACCUGGGAUAUUAAGGUAUGAAGACGGUAUUGAAGUUGACCAAGAAAUAGUUAUAGUGACGACUAAAGGAGAAGCCGUGGCUCUGGCCAUAGCUCUGAUGACAACAUCAACAAUGGCAUCGUGCGAUCAUGGAGUAGCGGCGAAAUUAAAACGAGUUAUUAUGGAAAGAGACACAUAUCCUCGUAAAUGGGGUCUGGGCCCUAAGGCUUCACAGAAGAAGCAGUUGAUUCAGCAAGGGAAGCUCGACAAACACGGCAAACCUAAUGAAAACACGCCAGCGGAAUGGCUAAACAGUUACGUAGACUAUAAAGUUAAGAGGGAACCUGAGAAUGGUGAAGCGGAGGAAGGCAGCAGGAAGAGAACAGCUAGCAUUGCAGAUGUUUCAAAUAACUCGAUAGAAGUAAAAUCUGAGAAGAAGAAAAAGAAAAAGAAGCAUGAUCAAGAAGAAGUCGGUGCAGGAGAUGCAACGAUGGAAACAAGUGUAGCUAGCGAAGCAGCAGACGAUUCUAUCCGUAAAGAGAAGAAAAAGAAAAAGAAGAAGGAUAAAGAUCAAGAAAAAAGUGAUGAGUAAAGAGUGUGCAUAAUGUAAAGUCAACAGAAUCUUUAUAAAAUAUUAAAUGAAGAAAACGUGCCUAUAUUUUUUUAAUUUAAAAUCGUUUGAGCUAUAUGUCAUUUGAACAUUGUUGAAGUUAUGAAAUGUUUUUAGUUUACGGUAUAGUUUUCACUCUGAAUUAAAUAUUGACUAUUAUGUACUUUCAUUAGUUACAUUAAUUAAUUAAUAAUUUUUAUAGUGUAACUACUCUGAAUAAUAAUGUCCAACAGUUGCAUCAUUAUAACUAGAGGGAAAAAGGCAAUUUUUUUUAUUUGUAUCCAUUUGUGGUUUCGGCCAUUUUUUAAAUCGUGAUUCUUAAAUGCUCGUAUUGUCGUUGUCUUACCAAUCUUACUACCAGUAGGCAAUGCUGUUAAUUUUGUUACUGUUUACGGUAGGUAUGUCAGUAGAAAGCUCAUCUGUAAAAGCUACUUAAUUAACAAAGAUGUUAAUUAACUUUUUGAACUUUAAUUUGGAACUUCAAUACAGGCCUUUAGUGAGGCUGAAAUUUUUUAAAAUGUAAUAACCAAUAAAAAAACAAUCCAACUUUUUUUGUUACUAUUUCAUUGCAACUACUGGAAAUUGUUAUAAAAUUUAUUACACGGGUAGAAUAUACAUAACUGGAAUAACACAUAAAUACAAAGCACUUUUAUCCCGAAAGUGAAGCCCCGGGACGCAGCUGGUAGCAAAAUAUGUGUGUCCGUAAUGAUAUGUUACUUCCAUUUAUGGAAUGUCAAAUUCAGAUUUAAAAUUUGUAAUUUACAAAUUCCUUACAUUGUAAGUCCUAGUUAUUUAAGUUUAAGCACCUACUAGAAACAUUUUGCGAUGUUUAUUAAACAAUUUUAAAUUCA